AUGGGUGCUUUCAAGAAGUUAAUAUGCGUCAUCAGUGGUGUGUUGAUGUUAACAACGAUCUCAUUUAAUACUUUGUCUCUUAAUAAUACAAACGUAAGUGGUUUGCUAAUUUUUAGAUGUUUUGCUUGAUUUUUGACAGUUUGUUACCUAAAAUUAGAAUCUUAGGCGGAUCUAUGGUUUUCAAUGAAAUUUAGGUAAUAAAAAACUUUAUAAGACGUUACCUGAUAUUUCAGUUAUACUUUGGUGCGAUUUUACUUUAUUUGUUACCUAACAAAUUAAUUUUGUUUUACUUGUUAGUAUUAUAUUUAAAGCUCUUAAAUUUUACAUUUAAGUUGAGUAAAAUAUGUGUUAUACUUCAGAUAUCAACGGUAACACUGCCUCAAGUUCAAAAAGCAAUUUCAUUGGAUUUCGUACAAUAUUCGAAUAUAGAUUACUGUGUAGGUUAUAAUUACUGGUCGUCGUCUGAUGAGUAUGAUGGUAAAAUCACAUUUGUAGUACAUUCCACAUACGACUACCUACAGUAUAUUGCAGAACACGUGAGUUUUCGUAUGUUUGAUUAAUUGUUAUAUUGUUGUAGGUGUUAAAGUACUGAAUAUUAGAUCAUCUUUUUACUUUUUUGUAUUUGUGGAUUGGUGCAUGGUUGUUGUGUUGAGUUAUUCAGGUUUUGCAGUUUGUUAUUGUUGUUGUUUUAGAUUCCAACUUGGACGGGUAGUAUAUCUUUGGCUUUAUAUGUUGACUAUGUGAAUGACGAAACUUUUGUGAAGAAUUUAAAUGUAGGUUCAUUAUAACUUCUUACUAUUAUUUGUAAUGAUUGUAAAAUUGAAAAUAGGUUUUACAUUAAAAAUACAAAAACAUUAAUGUCGCAAUGUAUACAAUAAUAUUGUUCAUGACAUUGUUUGUUUGUCUAGGCGGUUAUAUCCAAAUUGGAAGGUCUGGAAGAAGUCAAAAGUUCUCGGAAAGUGGGGGUUCACUUGUUUUACAAAAAGAAAAAGUCUUAUGAUGAGUGCCAAAGCUUCACAAUAUCAGGGGAGAACGAUGUGUACGAGAGUAAUAUCGACGACAUAUAUCCUAUAAAUGUGGCCAGAAACAUCGCCAGAAGAGGGACCAAGUCGAAUUUGUUCAUUUCUGGAGACAUCGAGAACUUCUUUGUACCUAAUUAUGAAGAAUGGAUGAGGAAGCUGGCUGAGACUACUCUGUUUGGGUGAGGUUCACCUUCUUUUGUUACCUAAAAUUUUAAGUUUUUGGUUAACAUUAUUUGUUUUAAAUUAUUUAUACUUUUGCUAUAGCAUUUUUAAUGCUAUAUCGGUAUAAACAUAUAAUUCAGUUACUUAUUGUUACCUUUUCAGUAAGGAACAAAAGCUGGUACUGGUUCAUCGAAGGUUUGAAGUGGCAGAAGGCAUGAUAAUACCUAAAACUAAGAAGCAAUUGUACAAAUUGUACCAAGAAAAGCUGGCAGUCGUAUUUCAUCAUUAUUUCUACAAAAUCGGUCAUACGAUUCCAAGGAUUGAGGAUUGGUUCAAACACCCUGAGGACAUGGAAUCAACUUCAGUUCAACAGGUAUUCUAUCAUAACUUUUCAAUUUGUUUUACACUGUUUCGAUGUACAACUACACGGUGUUCUUUCUGUUUUUUGUAUUUGUUUAUCUAAGUUGGUUACAAACUUGACCUUAUUUUAGGUAAUGAACUACCCCAACUCGAGAUGGGAGCCUCAGUUUGUGGGUCGCAGUGACCAAGUACCGUACCACGACGAGACUUUCCCCUUUAGAAUGAGCUCCAAUACUCAUUUGUGUUCGGAAAUGUGCAGAGCUGGCUUCAAGUUCGCAGUCGUAUAUGAUCUGUUCACAGUUCACGUUGGUAUAAAGAGGAAAGAGAGUGCUAAUGAGAAGUCGGUCAGGCUAAAAGUGUGGCACAAUGGCUACAGAAAGGUAAUGUUUUGAUUUUAAUGGGUUACUGUAAUUCAUUAAACUUAUGGUUUUUUGAAAUAAGGGUUUUACAGUAAAGAGUGGCUACUGUAAUAUAUUUUUGAAAUUUAUUACGUCAAUAUAACUCUGAUUACAAAAACUACAAUAUUAAAGAAAAACUUACUAGGACAUCAUGUCUUUAGUGUCAUAUCUGCACUGACCUUACUGAUAUACCACCUUUUAGGUGACCCAGAACUUUAUUCGCCGUCUGGACGAACAAUAUCCUGAUACCAAAGACAAGUGUCCUAAGUUUGUAAUGUAA